AUGGCGCUAUGGAUGGAAAAGGGUUCGGAGCCCUUGACCGAAACCGAGAAAGCAGACCUUGAAGCCAUUGCUGCAAUCAAAGAGUCUUCAGCCUUUGAACUCAAGGAAAAGGGUAACCAAUAUGUGAAGAUGGGGAAGAAGCAUUACUCUGAUGCUAUUGAUUGCUACACAAGGGCUAUCAAUCAGAAAGCCUUGGGUGAUUCUGAGACCUCUAUUCUUUUUUCAAAUAAAGCCCUUGUGAAUUUGCUUCUUGGGAGAAGCAUGGACAUGAGACCAUUCGAAAGCGCGAUCGUACCCCUCCUUAAGGAUCCAGGCUCUCCCCUAUAUCCAAAAAGACCAGGCCUUCCGGAAAGCCUCGAGAAUAGCACCAAAGCCAACAUGAACACUCUCAUCGAUACAGCAGGAACCGAGGAUGCAGUUAUUUGUUCAGCAGGUCGCCCAAAAUGA